CAGUACCAACUGCAACCGCGGAGUUUUUAGUUGCCGUUUGUCAAACGCACGCGGAACAUCGCUUGCGGCGGGAUUCUUCGCGCGCGAUCUGUCAAAAUCACAAUUCGAUUUUUAAAUUUCGCACCGUCCAUUUUAAUAACAUGGAAUUUUAAUGUAAGACUGAUUUUGUGAUACUUGGUUGUGAAAGAAAUAUUAAUUUGGUACAUAAAUAACAUGGCUUACGACAAUACAACAAAGGGGAAAGAAGAAAAACUUGCGGAGAAAACACUUAAAGACACUGACUUAAUCGCCACAAGCGAAAUGCAAAAUAAUUUUAUAAAAAACAAAAUGGAAAAGGUUCAAGAGAAAACCGAUGAUUGGAUCGACUUAAACUUCUUUCAGAAGGCCAAACGUUUGAUAUCUCUAAUCACAGUUGAACCGAUACUCGCUGGUUACGUCAUGCCUUCGGUACUUUCAGCUCUUGCUACGCAAAAUUUGUAUUUGGAGAAAGCGUGCAGAGUAAACUUAGCCUUCGAUCACCACAUUUGUGAUGCCUUAACUAAAAGAGAUACCGCUAAUUACACUUUUGAAGAAGAAGCCGUGCAGACACUCGUAGCGUCUGUAGCUGGAUGGAAAACAGUAUUGCAAUCGUUUCUUCCAUGUGGGAUUUUAAUAUUCUUAGGCGCGUAUAGUGACAGAGUUGGUCAGAGAAAGUUUUGUAUGCUAUUACCCAUAAUAGGCGAGUUCCUGACAAGUAUUGGCCUUAUAGUGAAUACGUACUUUUUCUACGAAUUGCCGGUAGAAGCCGCAGCAGUGACAGAAGCAAUAUUCCCUGCAUUGACUGGAGGAUGGUUCACCAUGUUUAUGGGAGUGUUUAGUUUUAUAGCUGACGUCACGACCGAGGAACAAAGAACGUUACGAAUAGGAAUCGUGAAUUUAUUUUAUUCUUUAGGAGUCCCUGUUGGAGCGGCUUUGAGUGGAAUUUUAGUGAGAAAAAUCGGGCUAUAUGGAGUGUUUUCUUUAAGUGCCUCGCUAUAUGUUUUGAGUUUUCUAUACGCUUUCUUCAGGAUAAAGGAAGUCAAACGAAUCGAUACAAGUGUGAAGCCAACUAAUAACUGCUGCGAGUGGCUACGAGAUUUCUUUGAUACACGCUAUGUAAAGGACACUGUGAUGGUGGCAUUCAAGAAUGGACCGAAUCAGAGACGGUUACGGGUUAUAAUGCUAGUAAUCGUACUUUGCGUAGUUAUUGGACCAAUUUACGGUGAAAUGUCAGUCAUGUAUCUAUUCACAAGAUAUCGUUUUAAUUGGAACGAAGUGGAUUUCAGCAUGUUCUCGACUUAUGCUAUGUGUACUUCAUUAGUGGGCACUUUGUUUUCUGUGGGCGUAUUCAGUCACGUUCUUAAAUUUGAUGACGCAAUCAUUGGUGUCAUAUCAUGCACGAGUAAAAUUCUCUCUGGCUUCAUGUACGCGUUUGCUACUGACACCUGGCAUAUGUACAUAGCACCGCUUAUCGAACUUUUCAACGGAACUUCGUUUAUAGCAAUGCGGUCUAUGGUGUCAAAGUUAGUGGACAAAGAUGAACUAGGUAAAGUGAACUCGUUCUUUGGAGUAGCGGAAGCCAUGAUGCCUCUUGUAUACGCACCAAUGUAUACUACAGUAUACACAUCAACCCUCAAGACAUUUCCUGGUGCCUUCUUCCUAUUGGGCGGUGGUCUCACAAUACCCGCUGUACUUAUAUUUUUAUGGUUAUAUUUGGCAAACAAGAAGUUUCUCGCAAUUGAAACCACUAACAAAGAAAGAGAAGUCAAUGAAGAAAAACACGAAAAAGGACGAGAAAAUAAAGCAUUCGAGAAUGAUGAACAAAAGCAUAAAAUCGAAGCUACCACAGAAAAUCCUGAUAGUGUUGCCGCACAGAUAGAAAUAGGUUUCACACAAAGUAUGGUUUGCACAAGUAAGCUAUAAAUGCAUUCAAUGCAUUAUGAUAUUGAAUUUCUGUGAUACACGAUAUUUAUAAGACAUAUUUAAGUUCCUUUCGUUCAUAUUGAGCUUUUUCAAACAAACGCAAAUAUUUAUCUAAUUAAAAAACGGUUGUCUGUAAAGGUUUACUGACGAUAGUUGAUCGUGACAACGUCAUAAGAAAAUACUGAUGGAAUGGUUGCAUUUUUUAAAGAAAUUUUUGAUUAUAUUUGUUUGAUUGAUAUUUUGCAUGGAAAUCACAAUUGAAUUUUUUAACGAACAAACGCUGCCGAACGCAGCCGAUAGUGCCUCUUUGUCGCUCGUUCUGCGCUCUCGCUUGCACUUCAAGCCUUAAAUUAAACAGGUUACGCCGCAUGCGUCAUGUUUUUUCGCGCGUGCAGUCGGCUCCAUCGAAUUAUAACACGUUGUCACGUCAAAAAAGGCUAAGCCGAGUGUAAAUAUUGACCCAUUCAUUCAUAAAAAAAAAUUGAAUUGCACCGACAUAUACAAAUAAACACAAUUUAUCAGAAAUGGACGAAACAGUAGGUACCAAUAAGGCUUUGAUUUUCUUUAAUAUUACUACUUCGAUUCUCAAGCACUUGUUUUUUUUUUAAUUAAUUUAUGUCCAGGUAAGCGUAUUUUGUAAACCGCUUAAAACCAACGAGCGUAUAGCACUGGCGACGCGCGCAUUCCCGCGCUUUUAUCCAUUCAAUUACUAAGUUUUAUCCAAAUAAUUACAAGAAUUUGAACAUAAAAAUUAAUAAGAGUAUAUUUUCUAUCAAUUCAACGUUUAUAGAAAUUGAAUAACUAGAUGCGUAGGUUUGAAAGAGCUUAAAUCAAAAACACAACUGACAUUAUUUUAUAAAACGAUCAAGUGAUAAUUAGUGUAGUAACUAGUACUUAAGAAUAAGACAAAUAAUUCAGUAUUUAUAUGACAUUUUGAGAUUGAUUAUAAAAAUCUGAAAAUUUUUAAUUGUAGCAAUUUACCUCUUUUGCCUUAAAGACGUUAAGUAUAUUUUCUUUAUAUAUGCCAACGUGUUUUUAAAUACAUUUUAACAGGUUAAAAUAAUUUUUUAAUUAUAUUUUUGCAUAUACAUACUAAGUUUAAAUUAAAAUUAUAGACCUGUCUUGACGAUUUGUUUGUCCUUAAGAUUUAUACGACAAAAUUGUAUUUUCCUAAUUUUAUACAACUCGUAUUGAAAAAGUUCUUUAUUUUAAUACUUACCUAAUCGGAAAAAUAAUAAUGAUUCCACUAAAUUUGUACCCUUUUAUAUUGUACCCCAACAACAUCGGACCUAAUUCAUGCAAUAAAGUAGCAUUCGUUUAUCA